GCAGUCGCUGUAUACUUGCGUAGCGGAACAGCACUGUACAGUUUGCCGAUUAGUGCGGCAGUCCUAACCACGUGAUUGUGGAGUCGAAGCUGGCUUCCCGUACUACAUAACAUAGAGUGUCAAAGACGGUGGUCAAGAGCAGGAAACAUGGCAGGAGACUUUGUGCCCGGCCGGCCCCUGCGCAAUUUGGCAAUGGCCGUGGCCGGUGUGUUCGGCUAUGCGGUGUUACUGGUGAUCCAGUACUACGUGCUGGCGCACAUGACAACCAAGUACUGGUUGCGCAAGUGGCGCCACCGUAUUGAGCACGCGGCAAUCAAUGCAGCCACGGGCUAUGCCUCCGUGGUGGUCAUCAAGGAGCGGACGCACGAGCUCGCCGACAAGCCCCGACACGUGGGCCUGUUGUUUCUCGAAGAGAAGAUCGACCUCGAGGUUGUGGCCAAGGUCAUACUUUGGUGCCUGGCGCUGGGAGUCGAGUCAGCAUCUGCCUACGAUAUUAACGGAACCCUGCUGAACAAGUUGGACACUCUCAAGGAAAUCAUGAAGAACACGCUCGUAGACGCUCGCUACAAGAAAAGCGCCGUCGAGUUCGUCGUGGCCAGACCUGAAGGCGAGGAGGACGAGUGCACCCAAGGCGGCGAGGAAGAGUUCACGGGCCUUCCCGUGUACGUGGUGACGCCGGUCGACGGCAAAGGCGGCCUCGUCGCGGCUUUCAGGAAGAUUUGCGACGACUGCAAGCUAGGCAUCAUCGACGAAAAGGACAUCACGCAGGAGAUGCUAGAUAAAUACAUCAAAGCCGAGUACAGGGGAAUGCCGGAGCCGCAGCUUGCCAUGCGCUUUGGAGGAUGGGGCUCCGUUCUGGGCUAUCCGGCUUGGCACAUAAACUACAGCGAAAUACUGGACCUGGGUAGCCACAGGAACGUGCUACUGUCCGAGUUCAUCGAGGCCCUGGAAAAGUACAACAAAAUAGAGAAGCGUUUUGGCAAGUAAA